AUGUGGAAAGAACCCAAAAUUCUACAUGGCAAACCCAGUCAUAGCCAAUCUCAAGGCUCAGUAGAAAGAGCAAAUCAGGAUAUAGAAAAGAUGGUUUCGGAAGGGCUAAGAUUCGUACAGUUCAUGAAAAACAGAGCUUAUCACUCCGGCAUCGAUCGCAGUCCUUACGAAGCUAUGUUUGGCUACAAACCCAAAGUAGGUUUAAAAUCAGUCUUACCAUCAUUUGAUGGAUUGUCGGAAGUAGUAAGUGAAGAAGACCUUGGAACAAUGUUAAAAGAUGGUGAUUCCGGUGAAGGUCAAAACAUAAUUUUGGACAGAGCGGAUGAUAAUAAUAGCACAGAUGAAAACUUAGCCGUUAUUCUUCAUUCUAUUUCUGUUACGAUUGAACCUCAACCUCGUGCUGAACCGGAACAACCUUCUGCCAAUACAAUAAAUGAUGAACCUUAG